AUGGCCACGAGCGAAGACAACACGUCCUCCGCUGCGAUGGGGGAGAUAAUACAGCUGAACGUCGGCGGGACCAGAUUUUGCACCUCUAGACAAACUCUGAUGUGGAUACCAGACUCUUUCUUUUCAAGUUUACUAAGUGGAAGGAUAUCUACUCUUCGGGAUGAAACUGGAGCUAUUUUUAUUGACAGGGAUCCCACAGCAUUUGCACCAAUUCUGAAUUUCCUUCGAACCAAAGAACUGGAUUUAAGAGGAGUUAAUAUCAGCAUUUUAAGACAUGAAGCAGAAUUUUACGGCAUAACACCAUUAGUACGGCGGCUGCAGCUGUGUGAGGAGUUGGACCGUUCGUCUUGUGGCAGUGUUCUUUUUCACGGUUACCUACCUCCUCCAGCCUUUCCAGCUCGUAAGUGCAGCAGCGUCACAGCGGAAGAACGUCCAGGUCCAAGUGGAGCUGAAGGGUUGAGCCGGCCCCAUCCCACACUGAUGGGGGUCACAGCAGCGGAGGACGGCCUCUCACUAGGUCCUGUAGUUGAUCCCAGAAAAGUGCUGAUUGUAGCCGGACACCACAACUGGAUUGUCGCUGCUUAUGCGCACUUUGUCAUCUGCUACAGAAUAAAGGAGUCUUCCGGAUGGCAGCAGAUAUUUUCGUCCCCUUAUCUCGAAUGGACCAUUGAGCGUAUUGCACUAAAUGCCAAAGUGGUGGGUGGUCCCCAUGGAGACAAGGACAAGAUGGUGGCCGCAGCUUCAGGAAGCAGCAUCAUACUCUGGAGCAUCCAAGAUGGAGGGAGCGGGAAUGAGAUUGGUGUGUUUAGUUUGGGCGUACCUGUUGACGACUUGUUCUUUAUUGGGAAUCAGUUAGUAGCUACAAGCCACACGGGGAAGGUCGGCGUGUGGAAUGCAGUCACACAGCACUGGCAGGUUCAAGAUGUUGUUCCAAUCACGAGUUGUGACACGGCAGGAUCAUUCCUGCUGCUGGGUUGUAACAAUGGUUCUAUUUAUUACAUAGACAUGCAGAAGUUUCCUUUGAGGAUGAAGGACAAUGAUCUUCUUGUGACGGAGCUUUAUCACGACUCCUCAAAUGAUGCAAUCACAGCUCUCUCUGUCUACCUGACUCCCAAAACUAGUGUGAGCGGGAACUGGAUAGAGAUCGCAUACGGCACGAGCAGUGGGGCGGUGCGGGUCAUCGUGCAGCACCCAGAGACCGUGGGCUCCGGGCCGCAGCUCUUCCAGACCUUCACCGUGCACCGCAGCCCCGUCACCAAGAUCAUGCUGUCAGAGAAACAUCUGGUGUCCGUGUGUGCAGAUAACAACCACGUCCGGACAUGGACAGUGACGCGCUUCAGAGGGAUGAUCUCCACUCAGCCCGGCUCCACUCCUCUGGCCUCGUUUAAAAUACUCUCUCUGGAGGAGACAGAAAGUCAUGGCAGCUACGGCUCUGGGAACGAUAUUGGUCCAUUUGGAGAGAGAGAUGACCAACAGGUUUUCAUUCAGAAGGUCAUCCCCAUCACCAACAAACUUUUUGUGAGGCUUUCGUCCACUGGAAAAAGGAUCUGUGAAGUCCAGUCUGUGGAUGGUACGACUAUUUCCUGUUUCAUGGUUCGGGAGUGUGAGGGCUCCAGUCGGAUGGGCUCACGGCCUCGGCGUUAUCUGUUCACGGGACACGGCAAUGGAAGCAUUCAGAUGUGGGACUUAACAACCGCGAUGGACACGGCAAACAAAGGAGAGGAGAAGAAGAAAGAAGAUGUAGGAGGGCCCACGGAGGAGGAGCUGCUGCAGCUGUUGGACCAGUGUGACCUGAGCAGCUCUCGCUGUGCCACUCCGAACAUCAGCCCGGCUUCCUCUCUGCUGCACACACGCCUCAGGGACUCCUGCGCCAGUUUUCAGUUACAAACUCAGGAGUCAAUCCCUGAAAACCAGGCCACAUACGGAGCUGUGAGGCCGUACCGAGAGAGUCCACUGUUGGCCCGCGCCAGACGAACAGAGUCCUUCAACAGCUACAGAGAGUUCCAGGACUUCAGCCUGAGCAGGGGGGCUCUGGACGAUACGGUGAGUUCCGCAGAGGGUCGGCGGUGUGAGUUUGCGGAGGACAGCAGACCCUGUCACUCGGAGCUGUGGGCGCCUCGAGGCUCUCAGAAAAACCUCCAGGCUCCAGACAGCCCCGUGGUGGGCGGAGAUGUGCGGCGCAAAGUGUUCCCCACAGAGGAGGAGGCGGACGGGGCUAAAGCCGAGAGCAGCGCCAAGAAGAGGGGGGUGUUGGACGGGGGGUUUCUGGGCAGGAAGAAGGCCCUGAGCGUCCCUCAGCUCUCGCCCAUGCCUCCAGCUCCAGAGACGGGAGAGAGCGACUCAUCCGCCACCGCGUCCCCUUCACCCACAAGACUUUCCUCCACAUCCUCCACAUCGCCGCGGCACCGAAGACCCGCGCAGGAGACCCCCAACCUGGACAGCAGCCUGUAG